UCAUCAUCAUCAUCAUCAUUAUCAUCAUCAUCGCGAAGAAGCAGAGCGACUCAGAACAAUGGCUUCCAUGGCUUCUCUCAUCUCCCCUCACGCCAAGCUCUCACCUCCCUCUCUCGUCUCCACUCGCCACCGCAUCCGCUCUUCACUCGUUGCGCAACCCCCUGCUUCGGCUCCGAGCGACCUCGUCUCCUCAAUCCUCUCCAAGGUGAAAGGCAGUGAUCGUGGAGUUCUUCUUAGCAAGGAAGGGCACAGUGAUGUCGCUGCCGUCGCUCAGCAGCUCCACAAGUACUGCGUUGAUGAGCCAGUCAAAUGCCCUCUCAUUUUUGGAGAGUGGGAUGUAGUGUACUGCUCAAGGCCAACAUCACCGGGAGGAGGCUACAGGAGUGCCAUCGGCCGCCUUAUUUUCAAAACAAAUGAAAUGAUCCAAAUUGUCAAAGCCCCUGAUUCUGUCAGAAAUAAGGUUUCAUUCUCCAUCUUUGGAUUUCUCGAUGGGGAAGUAUCACUCAAAGGAAAACUGAAAGUGUUGGAUGAUAAAUGGAUUGAAGUUAUAUUUGAGCCUCCUCAACUGAAGAUUGGAUCAUUAGAUUUUCAGUAUGGCUGGGAAAGUGAGGUUAAGCUGGAAAUCAGUUACAUUGAUGAGAACAUAAGGCUUGGGAAGGGCUCUAGAGGCUCACUCUUUGUCUUUGUUAGAAGAGCCUAAACUUUCAUCUAUGUCUCAACUUUAAUAAGAUCUCAACCUUGUUCUCAUAUUUGCUUAAUCUCUGUAUAUUAUUUGUAACAUCAAUCAAUGUUUGUUUUUGUAAGCUUGAUUCAUAGUUUUUGGCAUAA